AUGAAAUCCGUGGUGAUUUUCCUUCUUUUCGCUGCAGUGGCGUUCAAAGCUACAGCAGAGGAAGUCCCAGAGCAGAUGGUGGAAGAGAAAGAACCAGUGGUUCCAGGAGAAGAUGUUCUGGAGGAAGUGAAAGAACCUCAACCAGACGUCGAAGAGCUGCCUCCUCUGGACCCUCAAGUGCACUCUCAGUUCUGUUUGCCCGAAUGGGAGUUUUUCCGUGGAAACUGCUACUUAAUGAACAGAAACUACAAUUCCUGGAGAGCCGCCGCGGCAGAAUGUGCAGAUCUCGGUGGGACCCUGGCCUCGGUGCACAGUCCUAUGAUCUACAGCCACUUCCAGUUCAUGGUCGGCCGCGCAGGCUUCACCUCCGCCUGGAUUGGAGGAUACCACUUUGAAUCGUCAUGGCGAUGGCACGACGGCUCCUUCUUCGACUAUUUCAACUUUGCGAGCGGCGGAGCCGGGUCGUCUCACAAGUGUCUGCAGAUGAGCUCCAACUUGGGACAGGGCUGGUCCAGUCGCAGCUGUAACACGGUCACUCCCUCCAUCUGUCAAAUGAAAGUCGGAUGCUGA